AUGCUUCGUAAGGUAUAUGGGGUUGAGACUGUUCAUGACAAAGAAAUAGAAGAAUGGUUUAAACGAUUUCAAGAUGGGCAAAAUUUGUUUGAAAGUGAUACUAGUGUUCCAAAAUUAUCGAUACUUUCAGAAAGUAUUGAACGCGUUCGAAUUGCGAUAAAACAAAAUCGUCGUAUAACAAUCCAACAGUUAAUGGACGAUCUUGAAAUUUCAAGAAACAUUAUUAUCGAAAUUUUAAUAUAUAAUCUGAAUAUGAUUCGGGUGUUUAAAAGAUUCGUACCGCGGAUACUUUCGCAAUAUAUGAAGGACAUUAGAAUGGAAAUCGCCGAGGAUAAUUUGGAAACGGUAAGAAAAAAUCCUGAAUUAUUGAAAAAGAUAAUAACUGGGAAUGAAACAUGGAUCUGUGGUCACGAAUAUAUUUCCAAUACGGAACUUCCAUCUUCUCAUUGGAUGCCGUAUCAAUCGAAAAAACCACGUUUUAAUUCAAAUAUAAAAGUAUUACUCCUAGUUUUUUUCGAUUACGAAGGAAUUGUCCAUUAUGAAUUUGCUCCGCCAUAUCAAAUGAUUGAUAAGGAAUAUUACCAAAAGGUCCUCGACAGAUUAUAUACUGCUGUUAGAUUAAAACGUUCCCAAUUGUGGAGUAUUGGUAAUUGGGUGAUACAUCACGACGUAACUGUCCGUACUUGCAAUAUCAUAAGGGAAUUUUUAACGAAACACGCAAUAAUUGAAUUACAACAACCUCCUUAUAGUCCGGAUAUAUCUCCGUGCGAUUACUGGCUAUUUCCCAGAUUAAACAAGGCCUUGAAGGGAAGCCAAUUUAAUAACGUUAAGGAAUUAGAAGAGAAUGUGACGAAACAGCUAAUGCUCAUUCCAAAAGUUGAAUUCGAGGAGAGUUUAAAAAAUUGGGAAAAACGAUGGGAAAAGGUAGUGGAUAUGAAAGGGAAUUAUUUUCAAAGUGAUUGCAACUCUAUCGACGGUGAAGAUUAG